UUCCUGUUUCCGCCCCCUCUGCAGCAACCCCACAGCAUCGUGCAGCGGCGCCUGAUGGAGGGCAACAUCCGUCUCCGUGGCGACGCCCUGGACCCCUUGGGCCGCAUGCGCUCGCCCCUCGCUGACAGCAAGGAGGCGGGCGGCGGGAGCGUCUCCACGGAGACGGAGGAGAAGAGCGAGAGCACGGCGGACGACUCCACCGAGGAGCGCGAGUCGCCCGAGGAGAGCGAGAAGAGCCUGAGGUCCGAGGAAGAGGAGGAGGAAGGGGAGGAGGAAGAAGAGGAAGAGGAGGAGGAGGAGGAGGAGGAUGGAGAGACAAGAAGAGGAAAGGCAGAGAUGCAGCAGACCGGGCCGGGUCAGAAUGGAGGAAGUGAGAAAAUGGAGGAGAGGAAGAAGAAAGUGGAGACGGAGGGAAGGGAGACAUCGUCCUCUUUGGCUGCUCUGGUGGUCCAGUGCAAGUGUCAUGAUGCUGAGGUAAAGGCGUCCAUAAACACCGGCUGCCAGCACAACCACAUCUCUCGCUCCUGCUGCAGACGGCUAGGGCUAAAGCCCACCGAGGGUCCAGCGGCGGUGAGGGCUGAGGGGCAGCAGGGCCGUCUGCAGGAGGCCCCCAGUGGGAGUGUGGUGGGGGGGCUGCAGCUCCAGCUGGGGACGGAAAGGGUGCAGUGCUCUGCACAGGUCACAGAUGAUGAGGUGUUUGAGCUGUGCCUGGGACUCCAGACUCUGCUGGAACUGAAAUGCUGUGUGGACUUGAGCUCCAGGGUUCUCCGGCUCCAGGCGAGUGGAGAAGAGCUGCCUUUCCUGGAGGCCUCCGCCCACCACAGCCAGUGCCACCAUGACAACAACAAGAACAUGUGACGUCACUUCCUGUGAUGUCAUCCUGAUGUGGAUCCCGCCUCCCAGCAUCCGGAGGAUGAUAUCUCUUACCAUCUAUAUCUCUCUUUCUUUCUUUCUUUCUUUCUUUCUUUCUUUCUUUCUAUCUAUCUCUCUCUUACUCCUGUUCACACUGUUGUGUUGGGGUUUUUGUGCUUAUUCUGCAUUUGCCAUGAUUCUGUCAUGAUUCUGUUGUAUUGUAAAGUGAAUGGAGGCCAAGAGAGAUUAUUAUAAUAUCUAUGUAUCAUUUCUUCAUAAACAUGUACUUCAGAUUAUUGUUUUUAAUCAAUGGGGCCAUUAAUCAAUACAUUUUAAAUCAAGGGGACAUUGAUUAAUGAUAAGUGAGUUGUACAAGAGAACCAAUAAUCCAGUAAAAUCCAGAAGAUCAUCCAAGUGAUGGAUGAAUAAUUUGUAAUUGAAUUCUCUGGAGAGGACAGAUGAAGUAGUGGGAGUAGCUGUCAACUAGGCCUUUGCUUAUUACACAGAGUAAAAAUAUAAUCACAACAUGAAAGAAUCUCAAGGAUUUAUACCGAGUUGCAGUUCAUGCGGGUGGACAGUCAAUGCAUUGCCAUAAACACUGGAUUGUUUAUUUUAGUUUGUAAAACAUGGAACCAAAAGUCUGACAUGUCGUGUUUACGCUUGUGUUCAUUGUAUUAGGAAAGAACACCGAGGGUUAUAGGGAAGGAAGAGGGACCAACCUAGGCCUUAAGAUCCACAUCCUGCCAUUAGAUCCUUUGGGGCUGUUAGCAUGCAGGACCCACACAGUACCGAGAGCCAGAACUGGGCUAGCGUUGGCUGACGGAGAGACUUUGCUAAUCAUUAAAAGUACCGUCCAUGGUUCUUAUCCCAUAUCCUUUUUGGUCGAAUUCAGCGAAUUGCUAGACGUUCACUGUUCAGAAACAUAGUGGCUUAGACCAAGGCAAGCCAAUCAACACGGUGCUUCAGGAGCACGGCAGGGAGGGGUGUAAUUUGAUUGGCUGUUGAGCAGAAAUAUAAACAACUGAAAUUGAAUCCGGACUACAUCUUAAAUCUGUUAGAUCCAGUGGGGCUUUUUAGCAAAUCACGAGACCCAAACAGCGCCUACUGGGACCCCUAGCCUUGGCCCGGUGUGUGUCGUGUCUGGGCUGUUAUCUGGGGAUGUUCUGAUGUUCUAUGUUCUGUUACCCCGACAUCCAGUUAAUUGCCCCGGGGUCACUCUAUGCUCCAUGAGCGAUACAGCGGUAGAAACGUGAGGAGAUUACGGUCACAACCACACACUAAAGAACACCGCCUCUCUCUCUCUUUUUCUUUUCAUCUCUCUUUUUUGCUACAUCUCUCACAGUCUUUCUCCCUCUCUCCAUUAUUUCUUUCUCCUCUCUCCUCUCAUCUCUCUCCCUAUUUUCCUCCCAAC